AUAAAGAUGGCUGCCUUCUGGGUUGUCACACCAUGUAAUAUGGUAGGACUACUUAUCAGAUAUCUAGUAAAAAGUAUGAACCACAAGUUUUUCUAGUGAUGUCCGGUUUUAAUUUUGGACUUGUUUCUUCCUUGAUACAUUAUGUUUCAGUUAGUUGUUAACAGUUUGUAACUUUAUAUUUAAUUGCCUCUCCUGAAAGAUUUUCUUUUUUGUAGGAAUUGGGGGUUUUCAUAUCAAUGAGUAUGAAGAUUGCUGUUAUCUGGGAUGUAGUUUUGUGUAGUCUGGUAGAAGUCAAUUUUAAGAGGUGCCUGCUGUCUCCAUCGUGAUUUUACCCGGUAUCCAUGGGCAGCAAAUAUCUUUGAAAUGGUAAACUUAUACUCGACUACAUGGCACUACAAGGCAGCCAUCUUAGAGGGAUAUUCAUGGGAGAUCCACCCGAGAUUGGCUUCACUGUUGGAGACUAAUGCUUCUGAGAACUGGAUGUUGUUUUUAUGGGGUCCGCAGUUUUGAUUAGACAUCUUUAAAGAAAACACUUGGCUAGAAAGUUCCUGCAAGUAUGGCAACAUCCAUCAGUACUGCAAACAAAGACAGAUUUGGUAGUGACCAGAAUGUUCCAUACAGAAUUUCAGAUGAGAUCUAUGGUGAUACAGCAGUAAUAAUUGUGAAAAAAGAAGCCUUGAGUGAUGAUGAAAACAUUCAAAGUUCUGACAGGGUUGACGAGUUCUAUGAGUUCGUGGAUACUUCACUUCCUGUGGACGUAGUGUGUUCAGAAUUACAAAAUGCUAGUAAGACACCAGAAAAUGGCUCUAUUCUUUUAAACUUACUUACUGAUUCUGCACUUAAAAAUUACCAGCAAACAUGCAAAAAUGGCGUAACUACUUUGAAAACUUAUUCUAAGUCUUCAUUAAAACUAAAUUUGGUAGGAAAUGAAGUUGAAUUCAGGAAAUGCCGGAAACAGUCGAGACUUAAAAGGUCUGUCAAACUAGUUAGCCAAACAGUGGUGCAGAGAGGAGCUGAGAAGUCUGAGAUAGAAACGCAGGAGUGUCAGCCGGGGCAGGAGAUGAUAAUCGUAAAAGAGGAAGUCCUGAGCGAUGAUGAAGGAGCCUCGAAUGAGGAAUACUAUAAUACAGAAAGCACAUCACUUCCAGUAAAUAUACAGUGUUUACAGGUGGAAAAUGGUAACUCUGUUUCUCUCGCUGGUAACGCUUCAGGUCGUGGUUCAAAUGUAGAAGUACUAGCCGAUUCUUCACUGAAAAAUUAUCAUAUUUAUGAUGAUGAUGAAUCUGCUUUAGAACUUGAUUCAAAGCCAGUAAAUCUAAAUCUGCAUUUGGUAAACAAGAAAAAGAAGACCAGAAAACACCGAGAACAUUUCAGAUUUAUGAAAUCUUUCAAUGUGAAAGUUAAAAAGGAAACACGGCCGCGAUCACUGAAGACAAAUCCCGUGAUCACACCGUCUUAUGUGGCGCCAGUUGUUGAACACGAGUUCAAGUGUCAGGAAUGCAAUGAAACAUUCGAGCUUAAAAGCCACCUUGUAAUGCACGAGAUUAGCCAUGAGCAAUAUAGAAGAUACAAGGCAUAUGCGAGCCCGGAUUACGUGAAGCAGUCGCAAUCCGAACAGCAAGUCUACAAAUGUAAAGAAUGCAACGCUAAUUUUGAACUUAAAAGUAGUUUCUACCUGCAUAAACUGUGGCACGAGAAGCAGAGGACGAAAGUAUGCCGCUGUAAAAGCGCGCCAUCCGCAAGUGUCUCGGAUCUCUGUACGUGUAUUGUACGCGUAUGCAACUUGUGUAACAAAAGUUUCUUUGCAUCCGUCAGACUCAAGAAUUGGACUUCUUGUAUAAGGUGUCUCUUGCAGAUGGAUACUAAAAAGAAAAUAAAGCAGACGUCCGCGGAGAGAACGCAAGCGUCUAAAAGGUAUAGAAAUAAGGUUUCAAAUAGAAAAUUUGACUCUACAUUAACCGAUGUAAAAAGGCUCUGUUACUUUUGUGGGAAAAUGUGCGCUAACGUUGUAAAAUUUGGCUUGUCGUGGAUAUGUUACGAUUGCUGGAAUGCCAAGUUGAAACAGAAAUGUGCCACUGAUGAUAUGGAAUUGAAUAAUGAAAGUCUGCAGGAGGAAUCAGAUUAUCCAGGUCUGAAUUGCACUUAUUGUUUGAGAUUGUUUCCGCUGAAAAGUUGUUACCCAGAUCACAAGUGUUUUCACAAAUCUGUGUACUUAUGGAACCAAUGUUCUUGGUUUAAUGAUUGUAAUGAACGUGAAGGCGAUGUGGAUAUGAAUGAAACUGGAAAUGAAGAAGAUGUAGAAAUGGUGAUUGAUACAACUGAAUUAUCAGAUGUUGAUGAUGGUUCAUCUUCAAGCGAUGUAAUGCUGUGUGAUAAAACGGGCGAGCUGAUAAAUUUGAGGUGUGAGGCUGGUGCGUCGGCUUCGGGUAAGACCAGAAAAUCUCACGCGGGAGGAGAAAGCAUCUAAAAGAACUAGCUAAAGUAAAUUCUUUCGCCUUGGGUUUCUGAUGCUAGUCGCCGAGAAUCUUCAGAAGGACGUGGUACUUGUGAUAUAAUCAGUGUUGGCAAGACUGACAAUAAAUUACAAUACUGCUAACCUUUUUUG